AUGCCAGAGCGGCUGCUUGAGAACAUGUCCAAGUUGUUGGAGAUUCUUGAGAAGCGUGUCGGCUCUCGGGAGCUCCGUGAGGUCUGGUCGGAGAACUUCGUGCAGUGGAUGCAAGAGUCCAUCGAGCUUGCGGGGAUUCUUUCAGAGUACUCGAAUGUUGUUCUGGAGUUCGAAAACAAAGGUCGUGAUCCCCAGCAGCGAGAGGCCGCGGACACAGACUGCAAGGUCCUGAACCAGUUGCUCAGGACCGGCAAUUCGGCAGUGGCAGCUGUCAACAAGGCGAGCAUCUUCCGGCAGGGCUUGGCAGCAGAGGAGUAUGGCAACAAUGUGUCGCCCUUGCACAUUCUGUACUAUGAUUGGUCAGGAGCAGGCCGACAGCAUGUGGAGAGCCCGGUGUUCGUGGAUACGCUUCUCUUCCGGUGCUCCUGCUACAUCCGCAUGCUGGAGCAAGCCCAGGCGAAGAUCAACAAAGCAACGAACGGCCUGCACCUGGCUGCUGCUGAUGGCUGGAAUCGCGACUUGAAUGCGUCCAGCCGCUUCGAGGACUGCAUGAAUACCGCGAAGACCGAGCUGACCAACACGGAUGGGGUGGCUGUGGAAGGUGCACUUUCCGGCCUCGCAGAGGUGAUCAAAGCUGCCAAGGGCUUCCGGAACAAGAUCAAGGACUGUGACUGCAAGAUACACGACCUGUUCGUGAACCACCUGCCGAUGUCUUUCAAGAGCCUCGAGAGUGGCAAAGCCUUCAAGGCUGAAGUGCUGCUCGUGCUCGCAAUCCAGCAGGUGCAGCUUGAGGAUCCGGCGACCCAGAAAUGGGCGCGCGAUGUGAUCCGUGCGCAGUUGGGGGAUAUCGCAGGCAAUGUCGUCAAUGAAGAGAGCAUUCUUCCACAGAUUUUGGAGAAGGCAAGGCAAAUCAUCGGCUGA